GCCACCGGCGACUUCACACCUGCCUGUCCGCCCACCUGCUCAAGGCCCCUAAUUGCGGCAAGCAGUGCUGUCGAAAGAUCGGAUCCGUCGUAAGCAGUUUUUGGAUUCCAGUUUCCAAGAAGCGCGCUUUUAAGUUUCAACUUUCAUCGGCUCACGUUGAUCGGCUGGCACAAUGACCGACUUGGAGUCUCCGAAGAACGGCAAGCACCUGGAGCAGGUGCACCACAACAACAAUGAAAUCACGGAGAGUGAACCACUCACCUGGCGAUUCUGGCGAAAGCAGCGCUAUAUUGUGGUGCUCCUGGCCUUCUUUGGGUUCUUCAAUGUCUACUCACUGCGGGUGAACCUCUCGGUGGCCAUUGUGGCCAUGACAGAGAAUCGCACAGUGCUGGAUGGGGAUGGCAACGUGUCCUACGUGCAGGACUUCCCCUGGGACUCCAAACAGAAGGGUCUGAUCCUCAGCUCCUUCUUCUACGGCUACAUCCUGACUCAGUUCCUGGGCGGCUACAUUGGCACCAAGAUCGGUGGCAACAUUGUAUUCGGCACUGGAAUUGGUACAACUGCCAUCCUGACCCUGCUCACUCCGCUGGCUGCCUCGCACAGCCUGGAGAUGUUCCUGUUCAUCCGCAUCGUCGAGGGCUUCUUCGAGGGCGUCACCUUCCCCGGAAUCCAUGCGGUGUGGGCCCGCUGGUCUCCGCCCUUGGAGCGAUCCCGAAUGGCCUCGAUAGCCUUUGCGGGCAACUAUGCGGGCACUGUGGUGGCGAUGCCGUGCUCUGGAUAUCUGGCCACUACAUACGGCUGGCAAAGCGUGUUCUACGUGUUCGGAACCAUCGGCGUGAUCUGGUACCUCACCUGGCUCAUUUUCGUCAGAGCCGGGCCUGAACUGGAUCGAUUCUGCUCGAAGGAGGAAUGCGAUUACAUACAAAAGACCAUUGGCUAUGUGGGAAGCAAGCACAUCAAGCACCCCUGGAAGUCCAUCUUCACAUCCAUGCCCUUCUAUGCCAUCAUGGCCUCGCACUUCUCGGAGAAUUGGGGCUUCUAUACGCUGCUAACCCAGCUGCCAAGUUUCCUCAGAGAUACGCUCAACUUCGACCUGGGCAAAACGGGCAUCCUGUCGGCCGUGCCUUACCUGGCCAUGGGCAUUCUGCUGGCCGUGUCCGGCUAUUUGGCCGAUUGGCUGCAGGUUAAGGGCAUUUGGACGACCACCCAGGUGAGGAGGAACUUCAACUGCGGAGCCUUCCUGGCCCAGACGGUGUUCAUGAUGCUGACGGCCUAUCUGCUGGAUCCCACGUGGUCGGUGGUGAGUCUGACCAUUGCCGUGGGACUGGGAGCGUUCGCCUGGUCUGGAUUUGCGGUUAAUCACCUGGAUAUUGCGCCCCAGCAUGCCAGUGUGCUGAUGGGCAUUGGCAACACGUUCGCCACCAUUCCGGGUAUCGUGAGUCCGCUGCUGACCGGCUACGUGGUCACCAACCAGACGAGCGACGAGUGGCGCAUCGUCUUCUUCAUUUCGGCGGGCAUUUACCUGAUCGGCUGCGUCAUCUACUGGUUCUACUGCUCCGGCGAACUGCAGGAGUGGGCCAAAACCCCCGAGCAGAAGGCCCAGGAGGCCGAGGAAAAGGCCCAGUUGCAAUUGACCCAAACUGCCGGGUUUGUAAACGCGGCUGCCGAAUUAAAGGACUAAGCGAUUUAGUUCGACGUCGUCACAUCACAUCAUGAAUUUGUGCUCUAGUAUUGUCGUUGUUACGUUUUUGUGAUGCUAGCGAUAUGCGCACCAUUGUUUCUAUAUUUAUGUAUGCUAAUCCAUUUAGUCUUUCCCGACACUCGCUACGAGUGUCUUUGCGAAUAAACAAGGCAUUUUAUUACAAGUA